AGUCGACUCGUAAAGAAAAAGAAAGAAAAGGUCCGUUCCGUCGGUACCAUCGCAUACAGCAAAAGUCCAAUCAACUCUCUGAAUAGCACAUACAGUUUUUCGCACACAGAGUGUCCCCGAAAAACGAACGAAAGAAAAAGUCAAAUAUUCGUGGUAGAAAAAGACAUUUUAAUCCGUUCCGUUCCCGUUUUCCGAAUGUGAUUGUAUCCGCAAAUUGUUUGCGUUCUAGUCCCUGUUUUACUAUUAGUAAUAAUUAGCGGUACUCGCGCGAUUCGGUGUAACAAUAAAGAACGCAGUCCGAGAAAUUGCUCCACGACCAUCACACACGGCCAUCUUGAAAGCUGAUCCCCUCGUCUUCGUUCCAACACAUACGUACACACAUACUGCAAUCAACGCAUUAUUGUGCGACGGUGUCAAAGAUACAGCAGAGACCAUUGGACGGAAGAAGGCCCGGAGAAAAAUCGGAGAUCCACCGAUCUCUUCUACGGCGAGAUUCUGGCUUAUUUUUCGUUCCGUUCGUUGGAAUUCCUCCGGAUUGGGUGAGCCCUAGUGUCGAGUGUCGGUUUGCCCCGAAAGUAAAGAAGUGGUGCUUUGAUAGUGGCCAGCAGCGAACAGAGGCAGCAGCAGCAGCAGCACCACUCGGAGGUUCCUGUUUUGUAUGUCUAGAUUAUGCCUGCUCCCUGCGACCAGAUGUAUACAUAGCCAUGGCUGCGACGCGAAAGUUGCAAGUGCCUGUGAAUACAUUUUCCGUUGAAAAGUAGUGCGAUUUCCAAAUUAUUCAGAUACGAAGACGUUGGUCUUAUGAAUUAGAUCAAUUAAAGUCUGGUUUCAACUUAAGUGAAAGAAUUUUCAAGAAAAGUGGGAGUGCGUUUUAGUUCAUAUGUUGCAGAUAUAUGGUCUGGAUAUGUUUCCAGUUCCUUGAUAGUUUUCAUUCGAAGCCUAUUGCAAGCGCACAUUUUGAAUGGGAAAUGUUACAUGGAUUGUUUACAAACCUGCUGUACGAGUGUAGUUGUCAAGCAUCUAUUCAUUUUUUGAAUGAGGUAGUGGAACAAUACUUCCCCCCCCCCGCGAGAAUAAUGAAAGGAACGAAAGAUGUCAAUGGAUCUGAGUCAAUCAACUAAAAUUAGUUGUCAACGGAAUAUAUUUUAGUAGGCCUGUACCAGCCGUAAGAUGUACAGCAGAAGCGUAAUUAACCGUGAAAUCGACCGGUGCCUGAAGAAAGUCACUGAGGGCGUAGAAACGUUUGAAGAUAUCUGGCAGAAGGUACACAAUGCCACCAACAGUAAUCAAAAGGAAAAAUAUGAAGCCGAUCUCAAGAAGGAAAUCAAGAAACUGCAGAGGUUACGGGAUCAGAUCAAGUCAUGGAUUGCAUCCGGCGAGAUCAAGGAUAAGAGUGCGUUGCUGGAAAAUCGACGCCUCAUAGAAACGCAAAUGGAGCGAUUCAAAGUGGUGGAGAGGGAGACAAAAACAAAAGCAUACUCGAAGGAAGGUCUCGGGGCCGCGCAAAAGAUGGACCCGGCGCAGCGAGAAAAGGAAGAGAUUAGUAGCUGGUUAACGUCCUCGAUCAGCUCGCUGCAGAUCCAGAUCGAUCAGUUCGAGUGUGAGGUCGAAUCGCUGAUAGCCGGCAAGAAGAAAAAGCUCGACAAGGACAAACAGGAGAAGAUGGACGAGCUGAAGGGGAAACUGGAGCGGCAUAAAUUCCACGUGACCAAGCUGGAAACGUUGCUGCGGAUGUUGGACAAUGAUGGAGUGGAGGUGGAACAGAUCAAAAAGAUCAAAGAGGACGUCGAGUACUACAUCGAUUCCUCUCAGGAGCCGGACUUCGAAGAAAAUGAGUACAUCUAUGACGACAUCAUUGGCUUGGAUGAGGUGGAAAUUUCCGGCAUUGGGGCAUCGAUUGGCACGGAAAGUAAUAACAGCAAUGAAACUGCCGCAUCUCCAAGCAGCUUAAUCUCCGGCACCAGUCCUGCGCAAUCUCCAGUGCUGAACUGUAGUGCGAGUACGCUACUCAACUAUAGCAGCGAUGUUUCAACGUUGAUCGACGGUAGUAUGAACGAGAAACGGCCGAAAGAUGUUAAGAUUACGCCGGUGAAGCCAACUGCAAUCCGAGCGGUUGGUAAGCUUGACCUUAACGCGCCAGCGAGCACUGCCGGAGUAAUUGCUGUGAGUAACAACAGUACUACCAACAACACGUCCAUUAACAAGUCGGGACUGAUCAGUUCGACGCCUAGUAAGACCCAUACGAAUGCUGCCGCAGUCGUCGCGGGGGCUCUUGUACCGAUUAGCAGCGGUAUCGUGGCACCCCAAGCACCAGUCGGAGGUAUUACCCAAACAAUUAUUGGUCCGGCAUUUGCAGCCGUUGCAAAGCAGCAUCCUAAAAAUGGCUCUAUUCAUCAGGCCAACAUAACGCCUUCGUCGACGGUAUCCUCUGCACCGAGUAGUCAGCCAUCUGCUGUCGUGGUGCCGAAUGCGUCUGGUGCAGUCGUUAGUAAUCUGAGCCAGAUUGUGAACGUAUCUCAACCUACGCUUAGCCAGCAGCUGCAGGUACAGCAACAACAACAACAACUGCAGACCACACUCGCAUCCGGUCUGUUAACGAAUGCGGCAGCAGUGGUGGCGGCUGGUAACACCGGCGGCAGUAUCCAAUCGCAACCCCAACCGCAGCAGCAAUCCCAGCAACAGGUUCUGGUUCAAAAUUCCAUACAACUGCCCCACGGUGGCGCUCUCUCGUCAACGGCUUCCGGAAUCGAGAGCAAUCAUGUGAUGACGACAUCGUCUGCGUCGACGAUUAGUAGUAGUGCGACAAAUAUCUUGAAUAAUUGUGCUUCUCCUGGGAACUCGGCUGUGAGCAGCAGAGCAUCUCCCAGUCUAAUGUCCCCGCAACAACAACAACUCUUGAACGGUCCUGCAUCACUCGGUAAGAAUGGCACCAAUGCAGUAGCAAUGCAUUUAUCAAGCACUUACCCGAUGUCCACAUUGAAAAACUUAGCCCAGGAAGUGACUAACCGAACAAACUGUUUGGAGGCUAUCGAACCAACUGCUGCCGGCGGUGGCGGUGGUGUUGGUGGUAUGGUACCGCAACAACCCUCGCAAGUUGGUGGACAACCUCAGCAGCAACCUCCCGCGUCUCAGCAACAACCCCAACCGCAGCCCGAUACGAGACAAGCGGGUAGUCAACCUGGUCAACAGCAACCUGGUACACAGCAGCCGCCAACACAAGCACAGCCACAACAGCAGCAGCAACAACAACAGCAGCAGCAGCAGCAGCAGCAACAACAGCAACAGACGUUUACUCUUGUGGACUCGUCUAGCAAUGCUAAUGCUCUGAUACCUACGCCGUCAUCUACUGCCAUCAGUAACGGGCCGAACACUAUUAUCAACACCAGUUCCAAUAUCGUCUCGAAUUCAACCAAUCCGAAUCCCACAAACACUAGUUUGAAGGUGAGCGGAACAAGCGAAGCGCACAUACCGCCGCUGUUAGGAGUCGCACCACUCGGACCAUCGCCAUUGCAGAAAGAACACCAGAUACAAUUCCAAAUGAUGGAAGCAGCUUACUACCACUUGCCAAUGCCAAGUGACUCGGAACGACUGAGAAAUUACCUGCAGAGGCAACCUGUGCAAACACCGCAACACUACCCACAGCAACAACUUCCACAUUCUGAUACGAUAGAAUUUUUCCAACGCCUUUCGCCGGAGACGUUGUUCUUUGUGUUUUACUACAUGGAGGGCACCAAGGCGCAAUAUCUGGCAGCGAAAGCUCUCAAAAAGCAGAGUUGGCGAUUCCACACCAAAUACAUGAUGUGGUUCCAGCGCCAUGAAGAGCCGAAAAUCAUCAACGAAGAGUACGAGCAGGGAACCUACAUCUACUUUGACUAUGAAAAGUGGGGCCAGCGGAAAAAGGAAGGAUUCACUUUUGAAUACAAGUACUUAGAAGACAGGGACCUGAAUUGAUCUACAAUGAUUACGGAACACCUUUUUUUAAAAAUAUUAUAAAAAAAUGAAAACAGAUUAAUAAAAAUCGAAAAAUAUAAAGAAUAUUUGAAAUCAACACGAGAUCGAAUCAAGUUAAGUAAGAAAUCGAAAAGUACUGUAUACUACUCAUAGCACGAGCACACUUCCGUAAUCGCGCAAAACAUCAACGUCUCGUGCGGCCGAUUUUGUGCUCAUGGUCACUUUUCGGUGAGAAGAUUUCUUGCUAGUCGAAACGUGUAUUGUCCCUGCUUUCGGUAUUCGUUGAAGCAAGGUCCCAAGUGGAGAGGAGAAGAAAGAUGAAAUACUAACCACUUUCAGCUGCCGAUUGGUAAUCGAAAUUGCUCAGAGCGUCGCCCAAAUAAAACACUCGACACAAUGUACCAGCACCCACGCAUUCGGUUGGUGAGUUAAUCUGUCGGUAUCACACUAUUGGUUUUCGAUUUCGUCUGGCUACGAAAAAGUCACCUUUAUCAUAUUAUCGCUUCUUAAGCUGCCAAUUAUUGGAUCGAUGUAUGUUUCGUUGUUUUUGUUCACUUGAAUUAAUUGUUCCUUCAAAUGCGUUGUUAUACAAAUUUAUGAAAUUGAGUUUUUGAAAAUCGAGUUUUUUUUCGAUCAAUAAAAAGUUUUGUAGCGAUGUGACAUGUAAAAUAAUCAACCCAAAAACAUAAUACUAAUAGGCACACACACACUUGCAGAAAGAGUAUAUAGAGAGGGUAUUCAUUUUGAUCCCUCAAAUUGUGAAUCAGCAGAAUCUUUUAGCAUUUAACGUAUGACAACUAGUUUUGCUUAGAGAUAUUAUUGAGAUAAAAGUAACAUUGUGAAAAAAAAACGAAAACUACAAAAA